UCGAUACGGACAAAACAAUAACAAACGAAAAGUCAAAAAAAAACUCAAAAUUCUUUUUUCCUCCGGUUUUUUGCAAUUUCUAGAAAUUUAAACUACAAAUAUGGGUGAUAUGAAAGUUAUAACGUCAGACUUUGUGAACCUACAAAUAUCCACGUCGAAAAAUGAUAUAUCUUUUAAUGAGAAGCGAUUUCCAAAGGACAUAACCAUAGGGGAUCUUAAGGCAAAAUUAGAGUUAGUUACAGGGGGUAAUUGUAACACCAUGAGAAUCGAAGCCUAUACUAAAGACAACAAACUUGUAACAUCCCUGAGUGAUAAUAAUCAACUUCUUGGUUUCUACCCUGUGGACGAUGGCAUGCGACUGCACAUAAUUGAUGACUUUCAAUUAAGAAAUGAGUUCGAUUCUGAAAAUGUACCAAAAUACGAAUUAUCUGCUGAAGAGUAUGCCAAAAGGGGAGAUUCUGUCAAGAGUUUUUUGAUGAAAAACAAAAUGGGAAAAUAUAAUCAGGAAUUUAUGAAAAACAAAGAACAACAAGAAGCAGAGGAAAAAGCUUUGGCUGAAAGCAUCAAAAUCGGUUCCAGAUGUAAAGUGACAGUUACAAACGCUCCAACCCGUUUAGGUACUGUUAUGUAUACUGGGAGUGUUGACGGUUUGCAAGGUUCUUGGAUAGGAAUCAAGUAUGAUGAACCAGUGGGAAAGCAUGAUGGAACGGUAAAAGGCAAGAGAUAUUUUGAGUGUACUGAUAAAUAUGGAGGCCUUGUUAAACCUAAUUGUGUAUUCAUUGGAGAUUUUCCUGAAGAAGAUUACGAUUUGAAUGAGGAGCUGUAAAUUAACUUUGCUGAAUUUCACUAAAAUUUACUUCAAUUUAUUUUUAUUUAACACCUAUAAAAUUUUUAGCUUUUUAUUCACACGACACGGAUAUUGCGCUUUUAAUAAUGCCUUUUAAAUGAAAUUAUAUAUAUUAUAUUUUUUUUUGAUUAAAAUUUUUAAAACAUCUUAUUUAUCUGGUGAUUUUGUUUAGAAAACUUUAUUUCCCCCAUUAGUAUUUAUCCUAUC